CAUCGAAUAACGGUACGGACCGUACGGGCGCGGCCGGGAUCGCGAGUUUGGGCGCUAUUUUGUUAUUAAAUUUUGCUCGCUGGUGCAUUUCUACGUUACGCUGGUACAGGAAAGUCUAUUUGAGGACAAACAAGAGGAUUCAACUCAGGUAGUGGCAACUUUUAGUGUGAAAAAUGACAACCAGAGGGAUCAGGCGGAAAAAGUCCUACUUGGCGGAAAUUAAGGUGGCAGUCAUUGGGGCACCCGGCGUGGGGAAAAGUGCACUGACGGUUCGGUUUUUGACCAAACGGUACAUUGGAGAGUAUGACCAUCAGGCAGAAAAUAGACACAAAUACGAGAUCAUGGUGGAUGGUGAAGCAGUACUCUGCGAGAUUUGGGAUACCUGUCCGAAGGUCGAGGAGCACGGCGAGCCGUCCCUGACGGCCGGUUCCGAGGUGGUCCAGUGGGCCGACGGCCUGCUGCUGGUGUACUCCAUCACCGACCGGGACUCGUUCAACUACGUGCGCCGCGCCAAGGAGGACCUGCCGUGCGAGACAACGCCGCCGGUGGCGCUGGUCGGCAACAAGGUGGACAUGGUGCACCUGCGCCAGGUCAGCACCGACGAGGGCGAAAUCCUGGCCAAGGACUUUGAGUGUAAAUUUGCGGAGAUUUCCGCCGCCGAGCACGUCUUCCAGGUGGCCGAGGCAUUCCACGACCUGUGCCGGGAGGUGAUCGCGGCCAAGCGCAAGUCCAAGCAGAGCUUCAUCGACAAGAUUGACCGGAUGCUGAGCGGGUCGCGGACGUACAACCGGGGCAAGAGCGACAGCAUUUCGCCCAAGGACUGACGAGCGGGGCAGCGGGGGUUUUUUUUCUGAGGGGGGGAACUUGUUCAAUUCAAUUAUCGAACAGUUCUAUCCCAAUGUGCAUUGUUGCGCGGUAUUAAUUGAAAUUAGUUGUAUUGAUUUGUUGAUUUGCUCUCCCCCCUCCCGGCUCCCGAGGGGGUUUCGUAGGGAUGUUAUCCGAUCUAGUGUCUGUAUUUUUUAUUUUCCUCCAAUCCCGCAAUAGUGUCGAUUGCGUGUGCCGAGGUGUAGAUUUAAUUUAUUUCAAUUUGUUUAAGUGAUAGGACAACAGUAGUGCAAAUAUGUAUGAAACAGAGACAGAAGAGAUAGAUAAAAAAAUAGAAAAUGAGAAUGAAAACAAUAAACAGUGAAAUAUACGAGCAAACAAGUGAGAUUAAAUUUAA